UCAGCGUUGGCUGCAUGGCCCGCCUGAACCACUGAGGGAGGCUAACACUACUACCACCACUACACUCAGACGACAUGCACCGGCUCACGACUCUGUCCCGCGGCGGCUCCAGCACCGCAUGGACCCGGAGCGUCGUCGGCGGGGCUAGCAGCAGUAGCACCCCGGCAUCGGCGCCGUACUCGCGAUUGGCCGGCGCUGCCUCCACAUCGGCGUCGUCGUCGUCGUCGUCGUCAUCGCCACAUGCCUUAUCGCCGUGUAUUGGCAGCAGCAGCAGCCGCACAGGCGCACGGCGCGGGUAUGCCGUGCCCGUCAACACCAAGACGAGCGUCGACCACCUCCUGGGCGUCGCGCCACCGAUGCCGCCGCGGCCGCAGCCGCAGGACGAGGCGGGCGACAGCAGCAGCGCGGUGCCCAAUGCCCUCGUCGGCACCGCGCGUUCGCCCAAUCCAAACGACCUCUCGGACCUGCUGCGUGGCGGAGACGGCAGUGGCAGUUCAUCACGCGGGAAUGGGGGCGUCGUCACGCGGAGACCGGGCACGGCGCUGCCGACCGAGGACCUCGACAUGCUGUUCGGGCAGCAGCAGCGCGAGAACCGGCAGAGGCAGGAGGAGCGAGGGGAGCAGAAGCAAGGCGAGGAAGAGGCAGCGCAGCAGCAGCAGCAGCAGCAGCAGCAGCCCGUCAAUCGGGAGCAGCCGCACGCCAUCGAUGCGCUCUACGGGCGCAACGACCUCGACGAGCGCAUCCUCGCUGCUGCCCGCGCCGUGCACCACGGCUGCCUCUCGCUCGACGUCGGCUCGCUGCUCGAGCUGCAUGACGCCCAGGCCGGCUACCAGCUCUCAGUCGAGGUGCCGUACGAGAGCCGGCCAAAGGAGGGCCGCCGUGUGCCCGUGACGAGCGCGGCGUCGAGCGACGACGAGGCGGGUGCCCAGGCAGCCAUCGACGACGGCGUUGUUCUGAUUGCCUACGUCGCCGGCCUCGAGGGCAAGCGCGGCCAGGAGCGCAUUUCCGUCUGCUCCGGUUUCGCCGUCGAGGGCGGCGAUCGCCUCGGUGAAGGCGAGGGCAAGGGCAAGGGCGCGCUGAUUGUCACGUGCGCGCAUACACUGCGCGCCUCGAUGCCUGCAGCCUCGCCAGAAGGCACCGGCAGCGCCUCGGCCGCGCUUGCCAUCACGCGCUCCGGCCACAUCUACCCCAUCGUCUCGCUCCUCUCGAGCAUGCCCCAUUCGGACCUCGUCCUGCUCCAGCUGAGCGAGACGCCGUCGUCGACUGCCAUCGCUGGGCUGCCGUCUGCGGCAACAGGCCCGCACCGCGUGCGCACCCUGCCCUUGAACCCGUAUCCGGCCGAGGUCGGCUCCGAGCUCUGCGUCAGCAGCUUCUGGGGCUGGGAGGACGACUCGGGCUCGACGCUGCCGGCCUUUGAGUUUGAUGCCUCGGCCGAGUCGUCGUCGUCAGCAGGAGCAGGAGCAGGGGCAGCAGGAGCAUCGGCGUCGACUGCACUGCGCAUCGCCUCGUCGCCCCUGCCGCCGCCGCCGGGCCGGGAUGCGGCGACGGUGCGGCGGGAGCGCGACGACGCCGUGCGCUCGCGCUGGGGCCGCGCCCGCCUCGUCGAGUACCGCGACAGCGCCGGCAAAGAGGCCCGCGCCGGCACCUACGACGAGCUGUCGCAGAUGGACUUCAAGCUGCUCCACGACAGCGUCCACAACCCGCCUGCGCUCGCCGACCGCCUGGCCAAUUUCCCGCCGCCGGGCAGCAGCGGCGGGCCCAUCGUCGAUGCGGCCAGCGGCAGCGUCGUCGGCGUCACGCGCGGCAGCAGAAUGAGCCAGCUGCAGGGCAAGCGCGGCGACGGCGUCCCUGCCGAGCGCGUCUUUUUCUUCUUUGCCCUCCCAGGCCUGGGCCGGACCCGCUGAGCGAGGUACCGAAUCAGAGACAGAGACAGAGACCAGCACCCAGUGUCAAGA